AACCUAGAGUAUCGAAAACGAUGUUACAGGGAAAAAAAUAAGAAAAAGAAGAAGAAAAAAAAAAAAAAACAAUGGUUCAAGCAAAGCAUCAACAGAAGUCUAAAGCCAAGAAACAGCCCCAGAUGAAAAAGCAAGGAAAGCAGGCUGACAUUUCGGAGUUCCGGGCUCAGCUCGAUGCGUUGGGCUUGAAAAUUAUUCAGGUGACUGCUGACGGAAAUUGUUUUUUCAGGGCCCUGGCAGAUCAAUUGGAAGGCAACGAGGAGGGACAUGAAAAGUACCGCAGCAUGGUGGUGCGGUAUAUUUUGGAAAACCGUGACAUGUUUGAGCCAUUUAUUGAGGAUGAUGUGCCUUUUGAUGAUUAUUGCCAGUCCAUGGAAAAGGAUGGCACAUGGGCAGGACACAUGGAAUUGCAAGCAGCUUCUCUUGUUACUCGUAGCAAUAUAUGCAUUCAUCGACAUAUGUCGCCUCGCUGGUAUAUACAGAAUUUUAAUGCCUCUGGAGCUCGGAUGAUCCAUUUAUCUUAUCAUGAUGGGGAACAUUACAAUAGUGUGCGGUUAAAGGAGGAUCCUUGUGAUGGACCAGCUAGGCCAAUCAUAAUCAAGGCUGAUACUGAUCUUUCGGUGGCAUCUCAUCAAGUAAAAGGUGCAUCCAGCAAGUCUAAAAGUGGAGCUGGCAGGAAUAUCAUUGAUGCAGGAUCCAUCAAAUUGGUCAUGGUUGGAAGCGGUUGUGAAAAUGCGGAAAAAGUUGAACAGGUUUUGGUAGAACUAAGCGGUGAUGUUGAUGCAGCAAUAGAAUAUCUGAUAGCUGAACGGGAAACAGAAGAGGACUUGGUUGAGAAUGAUAAACUUCUUUGUCAGACAGAUACUUCUUAUGGUGAAAAUGACGAUCGAAAGGUUGAGCGAGGCAAAGAGAUACUUGAAAAUAACAGCUGCAAGCAAGAUUCAUCUAGUAAUAGUAUUGGACAAGCUCAUGAUGAUAGCAGUUGUAGACGUGAUGAAAAGAAGAUCCCAAGAAACCAGGUUUGUCCAUGUGGCUCAAAAAAGAAAUGCAAGACUUGUUGUGGAUCAGUUGCUGGGAGACCCUCUACUAAGUUUUUAGUUAACCAGACAGUUGACUCUAGUAAGGGUAGAAAGGAAAGGAAGCAAGGGAAGAAAGGUAGAUCUGCUAAAUUUGUUCCCUCCGCUAGAUCUAGUGAAGGGCCACCCGACGUGGGUGCACUUUCUAUUUGAUCAGGACCCGAAGGUAUGAUACCACUACUAAUUGUAUUAUCUAUGUUCAUCCACAUCUAUGGAAAUUGGUGAGUAUACAUUUGAUAACUAUGGUUCGUGUUUUGUCUUCGUUCAACCAAAGGUCUUCAUUCUGCUGUCACCAGAAGAGAAACAGAUACUAGACCAAAUCAAAGGUCAGUGAUAAAUUCUUGUGAAAUUUUUUGUUCAUUUCUCCAUUAUGCUUGCAUACUGAAAACUGAAAUUUUGUUACAUAUUACCUUUUCCUCAAAUGUACUUGGAUCACUUGUCUGAUUUGCAUGUUGACACGGGAUGAAAGAAGUUUCCCUCCAGACUGUGAACCAAAAUAUAAAUCUAAAACUUCGACUGAAUGAUCUCAUCGAUUCUACUUGUUCUGGUCAUCCUCAUCUUUUCUCCCCCGCAAAGUCCCCUUUCAUUUUCUUCCAGUUCAGAGUAUAAUACCGGAAUCCAAAACAUGGUGUCUUGAGACUUUACUGUAUCCUCUCAUAUUAAAUUUCUCACCAUGAAUCCAAUUUUGAAAUAUGCAACUCUCAGAGGGUGUUUGACGGUGAUUUUAGGAAACAUUUCUAAUCUUUUUAAUACUUGAAUGAUAAAAAAUUUCAAAUGUUAAAAAUGUUAGAAACACUUCCUAGAAUCACUACCAAACGGGCUCUUAGUUGGCGUUUAUGACUGAUAAUUUGCCUCUGGCUUUGUAGGUCUCCUAAAUGCUGGCGCGGGUGCUCUUGCAAAUGUGUUUAUACCAAAAGGCGAAGGAGGAUAUCUGCUGUCCACUGCUGAGAACUUCAACCAUUGUAGAAAUCAGUCCCAGAUUAUGGCUAAUGCUUUGCCGUCCAAAUUUAAUUUUAUUUCUGAAAGCAAUCAUGUAACAUGGACCUGGUUGGUGGACAACGUUUGUGCAUUAGAAGUUUAAACAAAAUGAAAUGACGGAAAUAACAAGAAGAAAAGCAAUGAAAGUGUCAUGUAUUUUUAUUUGA